AUGACAACAUAUAAAAGUAUUUUCGCGGCUGUCGAAGGAUUCGUGGUCGGUGUUUCCGCUUUUGUUCCAGAUCAGGAAGAAUUCGAGACGUUAUGUUUCGAGUUUGGAUUGGAGCUCGAUGAAGUGACUUCUGAAAAAGCUGCCGUUGAAAAGGAAAGAGGGAGUGUUGCCGCCGCCAAUUUGAGCUCGGAAGAAAUCUACAAGAUCGAAAUCCCAGCCAACCGCUACGACUUGCUAUGUAUUGAGGGGUUGUCGAGAGCAAUGAAUGUCUUCACUGGCGGCAAACAGCCACGAUAUGCUGUUGAGAGAAAGCCCGAGUUGGAACGGAUUGUUAUCAGAAAAGAAGCGUUAGGCCUUUUGUUGUUGGAGCUAUUCUGCGUGAUAUUUCAUUUAAUGAGGACUCCUAUGCUUCUUUCAUCUCCAGGA